AUGAGUGUCAUUGUGUCCUUAUCUGCUAAAAAUAAGAUUGGAUUAGUUGAUGGCACUUGUCCCAAACCGGCGGACAGUUCACCACAUAUUAAACAGUGGAGCAUAUGUAACAACAUGGUCAUUUCUUCUUUGACCAGUUCAGUUUCUCCAGAAAUUGCUAAAAGUGUUCAAUAUUCACAAACUGUUGAAAGAGCUCUUGACAUAGCAUCCUACUUCAAUAAACUUAAGAAAUUAUGGGAUGAACUAAGAGUAAUUCGCAAUAAUAAGGUAAAUACAUGUGCAUGUCCCAUUAAGGCUGAAAUUCUGAAAGAGGAAGAAGAGGACAAAGUCCACCAGUUCCUUAUGGGUCUAAAUGACAUAUAUGUUGGGGUUAAGAGUAACAUAUUAAUGUUGCAACCACUUUCAUCACUUGAAAAUGCUUAUAACAUACUACUCCAAGAUGAAAAACAAAGACAGGUUAAUCCUGGUUCAUAA